AUGGGUGGUGUUGUUGUUCUUCAUCCUCAAGAUUCUUUCAACAAUCAUCAUGAUAAUUUGUAUUCUACUCAUCAAACCAUUAAAAUGGUUCCUACUCAUAUGAAACACAAUCACCCUUCUCCCACCCCUAAUUUCACUGUAUCCGAUCGCCGGAGACAAACACCACCGAAGAAAAUAGUAAGGAAGAAAGGAAGAACCACGGAGGUAGUGGCUUCUGAGAAAUCGGUUAAAACAACGGAAUUCUUUGCCGGAUUUGCGUUUGUUGAUUCACCUCCUCCGAGCUCUGUUCCUUUACCGGGUUUUUUCAUGAAGAACUUUGUGGAGGCGAGGAACGAUGAUCCCACCACCGGUCUCCGGCGGAUCCUUGGUUUGAGCCUCUCUUAG